UCACUCACUCCUGGUCAUACAUGUAGCCGCAUGCGUCGGGCCGCUCGCACCAUUUGUCGUGGCCAGGCCCCACACAAACACCCCCAGCACGAAGAAGAGCAGCUCGAUGUACGAAUACCUGCAGACAGAUGCGCAAGGUGGGGAGGCAGAUGUCGUGCAUUCACCCAUCGUGCGUCGUUCUGGUGGAGCGCACCAUUUGAAGUAGUAGGCCUGCUUCCAGCUGUUUCGCCUGAACCGCCAGUGGAAGCUUAGCGUGUUGAGAAAACCCUUCUUGGACAGCCUCUUCUUCGCUGGCGCCAUCAGAUUGAUUACGGCCGGACAGGCACGCAAGAGACCGGAGUAUGGGAGUCACACAGUUUGCAAGCUUAGCGGACGAUCCUGGGUCUCGACCGGAUGCAUGCACCGCAUGAGCCAUGUCAAGACGAGAGCUCUCCUUGACGACAGGCUUGUUUGUGUUCCACUCUCCAAAUAGCUUUUGUACUAUGUACACGUACUGCACACAACCGAUCAUCCGUCACCGGAGAUGUGAGACACGCUGAGCUUUUGCAGCUCAUCAGACACGGCAGCUCCCUUCCCUCCCUCCCCACCCUCCCCAGCAUCACUAUCGCCCUCCCCAGGAUCACUGCCCUCCAGUUCAUCCUCCGAUGAAGCUGCACGGCAAAGCAGCCCCCACACUUGCACGCGACUGUGAGGAGCAUGCACGCCUGGCUCUGUCACUGACAUGGUGGGUAGAGGUCGUUGUAAUCGGUCGGGUUGCUCCGCUUGCUCUGGGCGGCAGCCUUGGCCUCCCUAAUGUAGUCCUCCUGGACACGAAGCACAUCGGCAGAUGUGGACCCUUCAGUGGCAUAACGGUCCAGCAGAGACCUGAUCGGGUCAGUCGGGAGCAACACACAGAUAUGCAGACACAAAUGCACGAGUGUGCAGGUGCCGUCACUUACUGAUUCAGGCUGACGAAGGCGUGGCCCCACUUGAAGACGCGAAGCAACUCCAUCGCCUUAUCUGCAUGGCCCUGAUGCAUCCAUCCAUCCAUCCAUCCAUCCAUGGGGCCCAUCAAUGGACAUGUGGAUGAUUGCCUGUCAUGUAUCCGCCAGUAGUCUGUGACUCACCGUGAUGUAGAGAGCGGCCGACAGGGCCUCCACACAGGACAGCUCACACGGCCGACCAUAAUGAGCCGGGUUGGCCGCCACCAAAAAGGGUACUACACACACGAAACACGAUGGAUGGAUGGCCCGUGUCGCCUCCUCUCAUGCUGCGUACAUAGUCGUUCGUGUCCAUUGUGCAGUCGCCUGAAGGGCACUUCAUCAAGUCGAUUCCACGAGCAGUCCACCACACACAGACCCUUCUCGCCGACCAAUUGAGCGUCAUCACGGGAGAUGGCGCGCGUGGCAAGCGGACUGAGUGGGGACACACAGAGCAAGCAUGCAUCCAAGAGAUGGCUGCUACAUGUCAGCUGUUCUCUGACGGACUCACCUCAGCACGACACCAUGGAACCGUUGUGAGGUCCGAAGGAGCGAGAUCUUCCUGAGGCGGCACAGCUUCCUACCGCUGCACUUCUUGAUGUCACAGUGACCGAAAUCCUGACGACAGACACAACACACGCGGCGUGACACUCAUGGAUGGUCUUCACUUACCCACAUCGCCAGUUUGAUUUCGGCAUCCUCUGACACAUCCGCGCCGUCAUUUUCAUCAUCCUCCCCGAGAUCUUGACUGCCGCCAUCCUCAUCAGACGCUUCGGCAUCCGGCCUCUUCUCAUCCGGCGCAUCGGGGAAGUUCUCCACAGCGUCAUGAAAACUUUGCUUCCGAUUGGCCACCCCUCUUCCGCCGCGUCCCCUCGACUUCCUCGUCAUUUUGUAUUUGGCUGCUCUUUCCAGG